GCUUGACGACGACGGUUGAAAACAGUAAAGGUAACGACUUGUGCAUGCACACCUUGAAGAAAGAAGAAAUGAGCGCAUAAAAGUGAAAUGUGGAAACGAAUGCUACAUUAACAUAUAUAACUAUACUAAGCGCCCUCGUAGAUGCGGUGAGGCAGAUUGCAGUCAGCUGCUGCUGUUGUUGUUGUUGUUAAUGUAGUUUAUGCCGUGUGUCUCAAGAAGAAAAACUUCAAGUGGUGCCCACAGGCCUUCGAAGCCCGAGCCCAGAGCUGUAACCGAGAGUUUGCAAGCGCGGUGGUAGUUCAAGUGUUUUCAAAGUGUGCUCUUGCAGGAAAUUUCAACGGUCGACGUUCGGUUAGAGAGGAAAACUAGUUUUUCCUAACCGCUUGCAGCACGUACACACACACAUACACACAUACAUACUCACACACACAGAAAGAAGAAAAAAGUGCAAUCGAAAAAAAAAAUAGCGAUCUACGUAACAUCUAAUGUCGAAGGCAUUCCAACUGGCCUAAAGCCUUGUGUAGGAGUGCUGCUACUUGGUGCAAUACACAAAAUACACAUCGAGUGAUUUUCACGAUUUGGUGGCAAGGAAAAACAGCAACCAGCAAGAUGAUGGCCACCAAUGGGAAAUUGUUUUCGUUCGACAAAACCGAGAUCAACCCGGCCCGGAAAAAGGUCUCCAUCAAGCAUACCAUACUGGAUGUGGUGAUGUUUCUGCUCACGUCAUUAGGCUACAUUAUACAGUCAAUCUACUUCGCACUAUUCGGCAAACCACGGAAAGACCUUGUUGGAGAGCUGGCGCUGGUCACUGGUGGUGGUGGAGGUCUCGGUCGGCUGCUGUCGUUACGGUUGACUAAACUCGGUGCCAAGGUGAUCGUGUGGGACAUCAAUCAGGAAGGAAUCGACGAAACAGUCAAAAUAGUCCAAUCCAUGGGUGGUUUCUGCAAAGGAUAUCAGGUGGAUAUUUCCAACAAAGAGCAGGUGUACAAAUCUGCCGAGCUGAUGCGCGAUGAAGUGGGUGAUGUAUCGCUGCUGUUCAACAACGCUGGCGUUGUUUCGGGCAGAGCUCUUCUCGACACUCCCGAUCACCUGAUCGAGCGCUCCUUCAACGUGAAUAUUCUUGCACACUUUUGGACUACCAAAGCCUUCCUGCCGUCGAUGUUGGAGCGUGACCACGGUCACAUUGUGACGAUUGCUUCCCUUGCAGGUCACGUCGGAAUCUCCAAACUGGUAGACUACUGUUCGAGCAAAUUCGCUGCGGUUGGUUUCGACGAAGCACUGAGGAUAGAGUUGGAGUGCAUGGGAGCUCAUGGAGUCUUCACGACGGUGAUCUGUCCGUACUUCAUCCAGGCAACCGGCAUGUUUGACGAUGUGAACUCCAGGUGGGUUCCCACUUUGGAUUCCAACAACGUGGCUGAUCGGAUUAUUGAUGCCGUCCGAAAGAACGAUAAGUACGCCAUCAUUCCGGGAUAUCUGAGAGCUAUGCUGGCAGUUAAGUGGAUCUUCCCAUGGGGAUGUAACUCGGGCUUCCUGCGACGACUCGUUCCGGACGCUACACCCCAGCACACCGUAACCCCUGUCCAGACACCGAAUGGAGUCAAAAUGAACGGUCACGCAGAUCCUAUGUCUUCGGAGGAGAUGGAUAACAACAAUACGAAAGCAUCUCCCCUGCUGGUACAUCGAUUGUCCACCGGAGAACGGGUACUGUAGAAAACAGCAUGCCACCCGGACCAUUGUCGCAAUGUCAGCUUUUCUGCUCAUACACAAUCACACACUCUGUACUAAAUAGAUUAUUGUGCAUCCACACAGGACUGAAAGAUUUUAACCUAACAUAACAGAAGAAAAAUCACGGUGGAAAACUGGUUUUCCUUAAAAGAUAAUGUGUCCAGAAUAAACGUUUUAAAUUUCCUUAGUUAGUAAGCGAGUGUCGAGGGAGGAAAACUGAUACAAAUAUGUGAUUUGCCUUGUUUUAGGAAACGACGAUGAAAUGUGAUUAAGACAGGCUAGGCAUUAAGGCUGGAUCAUUCCUAAUUGUGGGGAAAGUAGUUGUUUAAGGUGUCACCUAGUUGUUAGUGAAUAAGAAAACCCUAGAAUCCA